AGAGCCCUUCUGGACAGCUCCCGCUCACCCAAACAGAAGACGUCGGCGCCAGAGUGGGCUCGGACAUGGCGAGGCAGCGCGCCCGCACAACCGGCGGGGCCCGGUGAUCCCUCCCUCCUUCCCCACCCCCUCCCCUCUCCCGCACGCACGCCCUGUCCGCCCCCACCCCACCCCCACCCCGGGCGCGCCCGCCCGCAGCCCGGGGCACACACCCGCACGCACGCUCCCCCAGCACACACUCCCGCACUCCCACGCCCGCCCCCCGAGCCCGUGGCCGAACCACGCCACGCGUGCCUAGCCAGCCCGCCGGCAUCCCCCGCCGCUCCCACCGCCCCCGGGCCCCGAUGGACUGAAUGAAGGCUGCCUACACCGCCUAUCGAUGCCUCACCAAAGACCUAGAAGGCUGCGCCAUGAACCCGGAGCUGACAAUGGAAAGUCUGGGCACUUUGCACGGGCCGGUCGGCGGCGGCAGCGGCGGGGGAGGCGGCGGGGGCGGAGGGGGCGGGGGCGGGGGCCCGGGCCAUGAGCAGGAGCUGCUGGCCAGCCCCAGCCCCCACCACGCGGGCCGCGGUGCUGCCGGCUCGCUGCGCGGCCCGCCGCCGCCAACCGCGCAUCAGGAGCUGGGCACCGCAGCGGCGGCGGCAGCCGCGGCGUCGCGCUCGGCCAUGGUCACCAGUAUGGCCUCGAUCUUGGACGGCAGCGACUACCGACCAGAGCUCUCCAUCCCGCUACACCACGCCAUGAGUAUGUCCUGCGACUCGUCGCCGCCAGGCAUGGGCAUGAGCAACACCUACACUACGCUGACGCCGCUCCAGCCGCUGCCACCCAUCUCUACGGUCUCAGACAAGUUCCACCACCCGCACCCUCACCACCACCCUCACCACCACCAUCACCACCACCAUCACCAUCAGCGUCUGUCCGGCAACGUCAGUGGCAGCUUCACUCUCAUGCGGGACGAGCGCGGGCUUCCGUCCAUGAACAACCUUUACAGCCCUUACAAGGAGAUGCCUAGUAUGAGCCAGAGCCUGUCUCCAUUGGCUGCCACGCCGCUGGGCAACGGGCUGGGUGGCCUUCACAAUGCUCAGCAGAGCCUGCCCAACUACGGUCCGCCGGGCCAUGACAAAAUGCUCAGCCCCAAUUUCGACGCGCACCACACUGCCAUGCUGACCCGCGGUGAGCAACACCUGUCCCGAGGCCUGGGCACCCCGCCUGCGGCCAUGAUGUCUCACCUCAAUGGCUUACACCACCCUGGCCACACUCAGUCCCACGGGCCAGUGCUGGCUCCUAGCCGUGAGCGGCCCCCUUCGUCCUCCUCGGGUUCUCAGGUGGCCACGUCCGGGCAGCUGGAAGAGAUCAACACCAAAGAGGUGGCCCAGCGUAUCACCGCCGAGCUGAAGCGCUACAGCAUCCCGCAGGCGAUCUUCGCACAGAGGGUUCUAUGCCGGUCUCAGGGGACUCUCUCCGACCUGCUCCGGAAUCCCAAACCCUGGAGUAAACUCAAAUCUGGCAGGGAGACCUUCCGCAGGAUGUGGAAGUGGCUGCAGGAGCCCGAGUUCCAGCGCAUGUCUGCCUUACGCCUGGCAGCAUGCAAACGCAAAGAGCAAGAACCAAACAAAGACAGGAACAACUCGCAGAAGAAAUCCCGCCUGGUGUUCACGGACCUCCAACGCCGAACACUCUUCGCCAUCUUCAAGGAAAAUAAGCGCCCUUCGAAGGAGAUGCAGAUCACCAUUUCCCAGCAACUUGGGCUGGAGCUGACCACUGUCAGUAACUUCUUCAUGAAUGCCCGGCGUCGCAGCCUGGAGAAAUGGCAAGAUGACCUAGGCACAGGGGGUUCUUCAUCCACCUCCAGCACUUGUACCAAAGCAUGAUGCAAGGACUCUCCACCUGGGCACAAGUCAUCUCCAAAUGAGGACAACACAUACCAAAAACCAAAACCAAAAACCAAAACCAAAACCAAAACCAAAACCAAAACCAAAAAAAAAAAAAAAAAAAAAUCACAAAGACAUCAGAUUCUUAGCUGGGGCCCUUCACUGGUGACUUGAAAGCACAAUUCUCUUGAAACUUCUAAUCUAGCUGUAAUCAUAGGCCAGGUGUCCAUUUUCUUUUGUUUCAUUUUAAAUGGCUACAGAGUCCAAGUACACGCUGAAAGUUAAUCUCUUUGAACCAGACACUAUCCUCUGAGUAUGCUAAGCAUCCCAGAGACCCAAAUGGGGCCUUCUUGGAGUGAGUUAAUCACAGCACAAUGUCAACCAAGUUCAGUGCAGCUGUAAGCAUCAAUAGCCCUAUUCAGGCCCUGUCAACCUCUUGCUAACACUAGUUUCCUGCAAGUCAUAGUGGAUAUUUGGCCUGAGUAUAGACACAGGAUUCCAAAACACUACAGAAGAAUUUAACAAGAAAGGCCUCAUUUGCUCCCCAAGUGCUUAGCCUCUUUAUAUCACAGUACAUUAAAAAUUCUCAGCCAUAACAUUACAAAAAAAAAUCAGAAUGGUAAUUACUGAGCACAAGUUUUAAAUAUGGAAAUCAAUAAAAAAAAUCCAAGGACAUGUUUUUCCAACUCAGGCAUCUUUUCAUUGGAUAGUUUAGAAAACUUUGAUUUCAGUUUACGAUUUUUCUUUUCUUUACCUCCUGGAAAUCUCAUGUGGUCUUCUGGAUCCGUCAAAAAAAAGUCAAUUCACUUGAGCUCAAAGUAUCAAGCACAACGAAGAUAUACAGAAAUAAGGAAGGCUCUGGUUUCAACGCAUCCAGUUUGACAAGGCCGUUUACAUCAGUCUUUACUGUUGUGAAGUCAUUAGGGAAUUAUUGGGAAUAUGGCUUCAAGCACAUUUUGCAGGUUGUUACAAACUCUGUUUGUACAUUGCGCAGAUGCACACUCAGGAGGCCAAUUUAACUGCUACAGUACAGGAGCAAAUGCAUCAUUUAAGAAGAUCUAGAUUUUUUUAGAUCAUUACUGUGCCCUUGAUUUACAAGUCACCCAGGUCCUCCUAUGUGCAUUACAAGUGUGGUUUGUUCUUGUUCUUGCUGAUCCGUGUUGUUCCCUAUCGCAUCCCAUUAGUUGGGAUGUCUCUAUUGUUUUCUACAAAGAAACAGUUUAAUAAGCCACUUCCUGUCGUCUCUUCCUAACUCUCUUCCAUUGCUGAUUCAUCCUUAUAAUACAGCUGACAGAACCUGGAGAGAACACAGCACACCAAAGAAGCAGAAUACUGCAAACCAAAGACAUUUGUUACCUGCCAUUUUCUAGCCUACAAAUACUGUGAUUACUUUUAGAGAUCAGAGCACCUCUGUAACUCCGAGUGGCAUUCGGCUCUUGUCUUGGGCUCACCACCUGGCUGAGCAGACCAGCUACAUCAAUGACAUUAGCCAAAUAUCCGGGCAGUGACUUCGCCACGCCAGCCCUGGUUGGUCACCUUCCCAUAGCAAGUGAAAGAGGGCCCACAGAACUCUGGGAGAUUACAAAGGUCACUAUGUGCAUAUUUACCAGUGAAUGGCCCCAGGUGGGCACCAAGGGGUGUUCGGAGCAAGCCAAAAGCUUCGAUGACUCUUUACAGACACUUGAGACUGACUUUUGUAUGAAUUGCUUAAUUGAAACCAAAGAAACUUUUUUUCUGCACCUACUUCUGCAACAAACAGAACUGUCCCAUUGAAUGAGUAAAUGGUUCCACCAAUCACUGGAAAUCACCAUCAACAGAAAAAGCACGCUAGAAUGAAAGAAACAACAAAACCACCGAAGACACACUGUGUUCAAACAGACCUUUUGGGACGCUCUUAUUUUUUAUUUUUUUAUUUUUUGGAAGCAGAUUUGAAAGAAAGGGUUGAGACACAAAUCAACAGACGAGCCUCAAUGGCUGCUGCUUCAUAUGACAACUCACUCGGUAAUCUUAACGUUGAAGAUUGUCUUUAAUUUGUGCCUAUGCAGUUUUUCAAAAGAACAUGGAAACAGAGCAACAGAAACCUCAACAGCUACAAUACCAAAGAUGAGGAUUCUCACACCUUUUUGUCUCAGUUCAUUACCUUCUUUUGCCUGGCUAAAAUACUUAUAGCGUCAUUGAUCUGUACAAAGGUAAUCGAUUUUGUUUCUUUAAGCAACAAAAGGAAAGGGUCAUUUGUUUGAUUUUAUUGUUUCCCUUUAGUUUUGUUUUAUGGCUUUUACCCAACAUGGAAUCUCCCCCCUACACAUAAAGUUCCAUGGACUCCAAACUUGAGAUGUCGGGAUACUGAAAGGUGUCCCUUUCUCUCCUCAGCAGAGCAUGGGAAAUACGAUUGUCGCUUGAAUGUCUGUGGCUUAACCCUUAGACUUGGUUGCUUCUGUGUUCAGUGUUGUCAUUAGGGGAGGGAAGGGGAGCAAGGAUCAGGGGUAGGAGUCUAGGUGAUCCGCCCUUUCCAGAACCAAAGAAUUUAUAGAGAAAUUUACAACCUCAUCUUCAUGUGAUUGCCACAUGUUAACAGGGCUUCAUUUGGGGGUGGGGAAACAUGUAAAAAGAAUCGCCAGUUUCUACUUUUCUAUUAGCUUUUUAAAAAAAAAAGAUCAGCUGUAAAGUUGCAUUUCUAAAGAAAGAUAUAUAGAUAUAUAUAUAUUAAAUGUACGAGUACACGUAUAGAUUAACCCGCAUUGGUGACAACCCAAAAUUUUUGUUGUCCAACUAUUUGUUUUCUCGUAUGCACCAUUUGUUAAGCAUUCAUUUCACAACUGUGCUCAUUUCUCAUGCCAUUCCAGAGUUAAAUAGCCACUGUGGUUGUCUGGCAGUAUUCAUAGUUCUAUGUAAGUUUAUGGUAAAAGUUGAAAGUCCAUUUAAGCAUUUCUACAUGUAACCUGUUGAUGAAUGGAUUCAUGAUGUAAGUGGGUUUUAUUUGUAGUCAUCUCUAUCCUAUGCCUCAACCAUGAUAAGCAAGGUUUAUCCAUCAGACUAGCUCAGAGCUGUGCUGCUGGCAGUAGGGAACUUACCAUCUAUCAUCAUUGGGAAGGCUUGGUGAUUCAUUCCCAUCUGUUGUGGAGCAAAACACCAGAAAUCCAUUUUCCAGUAGAUACCAUUAUCCACCAGAGUAUUCUAGAUUCCUCUCAGUGAGUAGAUCCAACCGAGGCUUCUCCUGGGGAAAUCCAACUUCUAUUGCAAUAGGUCGAUCAGGUCUCCUCGAGGUAGUAAUUACCAGUUUGCACUGACAAGCUUGAGUGCAACCAUAGCUGGCACUGGGGUCGAUCGGGAUUGUUGAAGGGAGGUAUCUCAGUCCUGGAGAAAAGGCAUUCAGUAGACUGUGAGGAGAGUUCCAGAUUCCUGUCCCUGGAGAGCCGCAUCCUCUGCCUUGCCUCUUUAUUCACCCAAUGUGGGCAGUUCUGUGGUGGGCACAUCAUAUCUAGAGCUGAGAGAAUAGGACCCUGUGUUAUUUUUCUAAUUUGUCCUAUCUAGGGAGUGCUCCUUUCACUUUCCCCUUGUUCCUUGCUUAUAAUCCAUGAACUUAUGGUCAAAUGACCAAGAAAAAGCGUAUUUCCUCAGAGGCUUGCUCCCAUUUCAGCUGGGUCAGAUGAAUAUUAACUUGGAUCUUACUAAAUGAGUCUUUGUGACUUGUGGACAAUGGAAUGGGUGGUUCUGCUUGAGUACAGACUGCAGAACAAAGCAUCUUGCUUUGGUUAGUGACUGACACUAAUUAGCAGCAUUUGAGGCUUUGCAUCCUUGGAAGAUGAUGGCAUGAAGGAAAAAGGCAAGAAAUCCCCUCUAGGAACUCUUGAUAAAUGUCUUUUCUAUCUCAGAGAAUACUUGUGUUCAAAAGUUGCUUAUACACACACAUACACAUAUAAUGUGUAUACACAUUAUAUGUGUAUGUGCAUCUGUACACAUAUGUAUCCAAAUUUCAGGUCAUACAAAGUAUCGUUUUGCUAGGUAGCUGAAAGAAAAAGUAGUAUACUGAAAGGUUAUAGAAUUUAAUCCACUGUCUUUUCUCAAAGCCUUUAAAUUUUUUAUUUUAAAUAACAGUCUCAGAGAAAAUAACCAUUUGGACUUGAAUAUAGCCUACAGUCUACAUUCUUAAUCCAAAAAAAGUUCCAGGCUUCUGCCACCAUCACCAACAGUGGGAUGCUGGGAAAGAAUAGUUCACAAGCAAAUUUUAUCUUCAUAGGGUGACAGAAACCCAAAGAAUAUUGAGUGAAAGAUAUAUUUUUCCUUAAGCCUUCUUAUAACUAAGCUCUAUUUUUGUUUCCCAUGUGAUUUUAAUGAUUCUAAGAUUCAAUUCCCUCAUUCUUAGAAUUCUUUUAAAGGACAGCUAAUAUAUUAAAAGUACAAUGACAACAAUAAAAUUGAAUUCCAGUAUUUAAAAGAUUUCCCCAUAAAAAAAAGAGUAUUUGGUUUGUACCACAUAGCGGUACAGGCUAUUCUGAGGCAGGAAGGAAAGAUCAGAAUUGGAUACGUGGUUUCUGUUUUUACAAAGGCUCUUAGCAGCUUCAGCUUUGGGAACCCAAUCUCGUUGUCCCUUCAAACUAAAGCAUAACAAAACCUAGGAAGGUAAAUUGAAUACACACAGGCAUGAACACACAAAUGUACACAUGCGCACACACAUUUUCCUAAGGCAAGCAGUGAGUUUCAAAGUCAAAUAUUAGCAAUUAAAAUCUAAGUAAUCAAACAUUAUGUUGGGCAUUCAUGUCUUAAUGCCAGGAAAUUAAAAUUGAAUAAUUUUCAAACAAAUAGUCACUAUUCAGUAGGUACAGAAAGUAACCUUUCCUCUAUCAAAAAUGUUAAUGGAUGUGUCUGUUAGCUUGAUAAUAUCAAAAUAUGGAAAUACACUUUUGGAGGAAAUGGGUCUUUGGGAGCUUGUCUAAUUGGAAUUUUUCAAAAUCUAUAAACAAAGUAAGUUCCAAGGUCAUUAAAAAAUAAAUAGGGGCAUUAAAAACAGGGAAAAGUAGGAAUCUGUGGUUAAUGUUGACCACAUGGCACAGACACUACUUUGUCAAUAUCUUUUCUAGAUUCCUACCCAAUCGGGGCUAACUUUUACUGUCCUGUAGCAAUAUUAGGAGAGUAAUGCUCUGAUUCAAACUUGCUAGUCUUACCAGGUGAGUGAGCAGGGAGCAGGUGAAGAAGAAAGGAUAGAGCAUUUCUGAUGGUUAUUUGCAAAGCUGAAGAGUUUAACAGUUCUGUGUCAUUUGCUAACCGCAGAGACCACAGUUGUGGGGAAAAAAAAAGUCCCACUUAAGAAGAGCAGUUUCCCCAGGUGGUUACUUGAACUGUGGAUGUCCUAAGUCCUUUUUUUCUAUCAAUGCUUUGUUUCUUUGCGAGGUAGGAGGUAAGGGUAGAUGGAUGGUUAAUUUAUCUUAGAAAGUCCCAAGUACUUAUGAAACAAAACUUAGUCUUAAAAUAACAUAGGAUCAUACACACACACACACACACACACACACACACAUAUAUAUAUAUAUAUAUGCAAACCUUUUCAUUAGUGCCCAUGGGUUUUGCUAUAAGUCCACAGGUCCUGAAGUGCCCAUUGACCUCAAGUUACUCUCAUAACAGCCACAGGGAAGUGAAAGAUAAGACUCCGAGCUCUAUAUCUCUGGACUUUGAGUUAGGUUAGUUGACAUUACCCAGCCUAUACAUUUUUUAGUGGAAAAAAAAUGUAUGUAGGGGAAAAGAAUCACCAAAGGUUAGUCAUUCCAUGGGAAUCUUCCAUCUGGCUCCAUUUUUAGCAGCAGUCAUUUUUACAUGGCAUAGACCUUGUCCUUGUUAGAUAAGUUUGCCUGUCAUUUAUACAGUCUGUGAGCUUGAAUGUAUACAGAUCUAGAUACUUAUUUCAACAUAUACCCUCAGAGUUGACUUUACAUCCACGUCCAUUGCCUAGAGGUAUCUAGACUGUGUACACACAAGUGUGUACAGACGUGCUUAAUACAUACAUAAAUUGUAAUCUGUUACAAUAAAUAAAUUUAAAAUCAUCAUGCAACAUGUAUGUGAUAUUUUGACAAUGUACCUUGUCUUUGUUGUUUCUUGUAAUGCUGAAAACCAAAGUGUGGAGAUGUAAGCGAAGGAUCCCCCCCAUCUUCAUCCAUCACGAUACUUGAAAUCACUUUUAGUUGGGUGCAGCCACGACAAACAACUUUAGGUGGAAUGUUGGAUAUUAUUUCACUGUCUGUGUUAGAUGUUUAAUGACUUUGGUUGAAUAGCUUUAUUCUGGAUCUCUCAUAACUAAAGCGAAAUCCAAAGACCUUAAAAAGAACAAAAAAGGGGGGAACUGGGGGUGAUGUGGAAUAAAGUACAAACCAAUGGCAGAAAGUGGGGUCUGGUUCCAGGGUUGAAAGAACAAAGGUGUGGUCUUGUGGAGGUUGUGUUAGCUAGUUGGGUGUGUGUGUGUGUGUGAUGAUUUUUCCUCCAUGUUUGUCACAUCAAAGUGGUCUUUAAUGUGAUAAAGCUUUAGACGUUAUACUUUGCUGCUUUAUUUUAUUUAGACUUUAGAAUGAAAUGAUCCAUUUUUGUCCACCAAAUAAAAAAAGAAAGAAAGAAAAAGAAAAAGAAGACCACCUCUCCCCACCCCUCAGCUGUAUUUUAACGUUUCUCUUUCAGUUGUGACCCAACGAGCUGUUAAUAUAAUUAAUUUAUUUUAAUUAGUUUUUGUAUGCUAGCAUGUAGGAUUCGGGUAAUUAUUUAAUUUUCCUUUUUUAGUUUGAUUUUACUCCUUGUUCUUAUUUAUCAAAAUCUGUAGCAGUGGUGCAUCUGAGAUGCAAAACCCUGGCUGCUAUACAGCUCUAGUGUAGCGUGCUUCAUAAAGCGGUGAACUUCUGUUACAGGGAAGAAACAUAGGUUACAAUGAAAACGAAAAACAAUCUGGGUGUAUUUCCCGUCUUGGAUUAAUUUAUAAAAUGGUUUAAUGGUUAUUAAAUUAUUUAAUUUAAGUUCACAGCCCCACUUGGUACCAGGCGAAUUUCACCUCUUAAUUACCGGGGCCCUCAGAGCCUUUCUAUUGUAACUUAUUUAUUUAACUUAUUCAGCAUCUGCGACGGAUGCGCUGUAUAGUUUGCGUUUAUUAUUUAAAACAACAGAGAGCACUGCGGUUUGUUUGCUGUCAGAACAACAGAGCAGAUUUGUGGACAAGCAGUGACUGAUCAGCCUGAACCUGCUUCAGAACUCAAGCUGAGAUCCAACGUCAUCAGCCCGGAUUUUCGGGGCUUCUAUAAAGGAAACUGGAAAAAAAAUUUAAUAAUAAAUAAAUAAAUAAUAAGAAAUCGUAAACCAAAAAGAGAGAACCCUUAUACUAGCUGCUUCCAAGAAAGAACUCAGUGUGCGUAAAGUAGCAAAACAAAAAAGGGAAAAAAAAAAAAGCAGAAAAAAAAAGAAAAAAAAAAAGAACUGGAAAAACUUUCUAUUUGUAGUGAGAACCAAAGAAGGCUACCUCACUGACUUUUUCCAUUUGUAAUUUUAAUCGUGUUGACGACACCAAAGAUACCAAAGAUUCCUUUCUCUGUGCGGUCUGCAUUUCGCUUCUGCUCUAUUAUGAUUUGAGCUCUUCUUUCUGACGUAUGGUAUGGACAGCCACAGCUCAGACUCCCCCAAAGAAACAACAACGAUGUGUGCGGACGAAGGCGGCUGCUAACCUGGAGAGGGAUAUUUUCUGUGUCUCUUGCAUCUGUCUGCUGCCUCCUCCCACAUGUUCAGCACGCCAGUUGGGACGCUGCUGUCACUGGGAUCUUUAAAGUUCCCAUUCCAAUUUGGUAGAGAACACUGCUUGGAAAUAGUUUGCCAUCCUAGCCCCACCCCACUCUGUGUCCUGGAGCUAUCACAGGGAAAAGUGUCCCAAGCUACUGCAACUACAGGAAUAAGAAUUGGGUAGGAGAGCUGGAAGGGACCCUAGGACCCAUACAGUCACCCCACUGGGGCCCAGGUUGGAGUAGUUAUCUGAAUGUAGGAAAGUAGCAAUCCUUUAGCAGUGAAAAGAAGCUGUAGUUUAUGGAUUAAUAUUUUCAUCCUUUUAAGAAUAAUCUUCACACUCUGACACCCGAUACAUAAAUUAUGUAUCCAGAGCUGUGUAUGAUCUUUGCUUAGUAAGGUGGCCAGCCUUGACAUUCUAGGGCUUCUUCAGGGGUUCUACCCUGGCAAGCAUAUUGACUCAAACAGUAAUAUGACUGUGGAAUGCACCCAUUACAACAUUUUAAAUAAAAAGCCUUGCCAUCGGUGGGAGGAGAAAGCCCAGUCUUGACCUAUUGAGUUUAAUUACCAUGGCUAUUCUAAAGUCAAUAUUUAUCAAGCCAGGAUACUUGACUCUCACUUUUGGUAGGUGAUUCCUCCUGUCAGCUUUUUAUUUUUUUAUUUUUUUACUUAACAGUCCCCAUUUCAUUGCUAAAUCAAUUCUAUUUCCAAGAGAAAUGCAAUAAGCCUUAUGUUGUUUGCUGCUAAAGCGUAUUCCUUGCAAAUAAAAAAUAUCUCAAAUAUCAGAUGAAUGGAUAUACCAAUUUAAAUAACAGUUUAAGUUACUUCUUUCUUUUUUCCCCUUAUCAAAACUUCACUGGUCUUCUUUAAGUUCCUUUAGAGUCUAUUAAAAUGACUAAGUCGUUAUUAGGAUCGCUCACCAAAGUGAUGAGAAUGCUAGCCAGUGAAUCCUUCUUAGCUUUUGGUCAAGCAGGAAUUAGCUACUCGCUGAUUCCAUUCUCUACUCUACAGAGCUCUUUACUGAAUACUGCAUUUUUACAUUUCACAUAAUAGUUAUCACUGAGCAUUUAAAAAGGCUCUUAGAUAAAGGGAAGAUCAAUUUACCCCUCUGUCACACACCAACAGAGUGUAGCCGGUAGAGGAAUUUACAACAGACUUACAGACUAUUCAACAUGCUCCAUUUUACCUCUCUUUUCUAUCCUUCCCAUUAAAAAAAAAAAAAAAGACAGGGUCUUAUGUGUUCCAAGGUAGCUUUAAACUCAUUGUGUAGAAGAUGGCUUUGAACUCCCAAUCCUUCUGCCUCUAUGUGCUUAGUGGUGAGCUUACAGUUAUGAGCCACCAUGUCCGGCCAGUUAUCUUCUUUCUAAAGUGUGCAAGCUCCAUGCCGGCAUAUGCGAAAGUUCUUUUCUACCUAGAUAGACCUCCCUAUCAAGGCCAAUCUGCAAGGUCUUCUUUCCAAGCAGUUGAUCACCGAAUUCCUAUUGGCAAUAAAAAUUCCCAGAAUACCUGGGAGAACAUAAAUUCACCAAGCAGCAGGGUAAUUCCCCAUAAGCAACAUCACCUUUUCUGGCCUUCCUACCACUGAGACCCUAGGAGGGAGGAUCUAGAAAGAGCAAUGGCAGCCUGAACACAGAAAAUAUCUCCAUUAGCAGACCCCUCUUCAGCGACAACCCCCCCCCCCCAGCCUCAUGCUUCACUUGCAAAGUGUGACAUUACCACGGGACGAGUGCCUUGCUUGAACCAAAGCAACGAUUUAGCCAGUCUGGACCUCUCUGUGCUUUUCUUAAUUCUUCCUGUGAUUACCUCAGCUUCAACUGGGCCUCCAAACAGUAAAUUGGUAGGCUUAUUGUACUGUGGUGCUUUGCAAUGCAACCCUGCAAAGAACAAGAUUUGUACUAAUACCAAAGGUUCUUUCUCUACGUCUCUUCCUUCUGCCUCCCCACUGUCCCCCCUUUUCUAGUCCCUCACAGUUCCAAAGCUUUAACAUGAACCUGGGCAUGUUGGCAAUGCAGACCGCGCAAUUCCUUACCGAAUUUUCUCAGAUAUACCUCAUAGAUAAUAGUGUUUAGAGUAAUGUUAUUAUAGCGUAUGUAAUAAAUUAUUCACUGUUUCUUUUGGUAACUGUGAUUUAAAAAAAGAAAAAAGGAAAAAAAAAGCUUUAUACAGUUUAGGUUGUGCUUUUGUAAUAGAUGAAAAUGUGCGCUUAAAAAAAAAAGAAACAUACGUUCUUUUUAUUUUUCUUCUCCCCCCACCCCCUUUGGAUUUUAUUUAUUCUGGAUUGGGGAAAGUUGCAGAAUGAGCCCAAAGUUUACAGUUUCAUAUUUUGCUGAAGAAACAAUCUGUGUUCAUUUGCUCUGUUGAAAAAAAAAAAAAAGAAGUUAUUUUCUACAUGUGUGCUAAUUGUUCUGUGUUAACGGUGUAAUAUUAUAAUUAGCAACUGCCAAUCAGUGCUAUAAUUUUAUGCAUGAGGCUAAAAACUUAGCAGUGUGAUGCAUUGUGGUCUUAAUAGCAACAUUUUUUCAUUUUGUACUAGAUCCUUCCCUUUGGUUCAACAGACAUUAUUUAUGCAUGGGUGCCUAUUGUUUGUUAGCAGUCGUGAACCCUUGUGUAUACAUUAAACUGUGAACAUGUGCACAGUUCGGCCUCAGACAGUGAUAAUACCAGUUUUCUUGGGAAAUGUAUUACCUUGGCAAAUACCUUCACAUCUGUUGGGAUUUCAACAUGAGUCAGAUCGAAUCAGGUUUGUAUUAUGAUGAGAAAAGUCACCCAAGUUGGAAUUAGCCCACUAGAACCCCACAACUCUGGAGCCUCAUAACCCAGAUAUAUCACUAUAGAUUUUUAAUUUCCACUAAAGGGAAUCUUAGCUUUAUGUUCAUGGUCUCAGACCUUUUGGGCCAUGUAUAUGAUACAGCUAGUUCAUCUAGGCCUCACUUUUCUGGGUUUCCCCUUGGGAAUUAGAUUCUGUUGUCAGUUCCCAGUAGACAUGUACAGAGCAUUGACAUCAGUGACCCAUCCCUGACCUAUUUGUACACUCUCCCAGAUAACCCCUCCAGUUAUCUGGACAAAAAGAUGUGGUCAUUCCCUAAACUUUCACUCAUGUGGUCUAUCAUACUUUUCUUCUUUAGGGUCUGAAAUGACUCUAGAUUGAUCCUUACAAAGCUAUAUCUAUAUUCUAAAGGGGUUUUUGGGUUUGUUUGUUUGUUUGUUUUGAAGACCAAUUCACGGAAACCAUUUUGUUUGAAUUCCCCAGUCUUUGAGAUCUUUAUCUCAAAAAAUAUUUUUCAGACCCAGUGGAUUGAAUGAACAUAAUAUUAUAAUUGGGUUCUGAGAUCCGUUCUUGAGUUUCAUACCUACUUCCUAUACCAGUAUGCUCCCCGUAAAACCCAAUCAGCUACCAGGUUCUGCAGUUCUGAGAAUGGAGAUGAGGAAUAAUGAUGGACUCAACAGUCUGCCAUGCAGAAUUCUGGAACUCACCAACAGACAGCAGAGCAUCGCACAUGUCUGUCAGUGAGGAUGCUGGAGACAUCUUUUCAUUGAUAACGAGAAGGAACGGCCUUAUAAGUAGGCUGCAGUGAUGGCAGCUUUGUAAUGUAGUCCUUUUUGUUUUCCCUUUUUAUUAAUCUGCCAAAGAUGGAAAUGGAUAUAAAAACUUUAAAAUCAGCUUUUGCAAGCCAGUUUUUUGAUUGUAAUAGUGUUUAAUCUUCCGGAAAGCUUUACAUAUUCCUCUGCAAUAAGUCAAGCCACUAUUUGUUUGCAUUAAGUUCUCCUCUUAUACUUACAAGCCCGCAAACGGUUCCUCUUGAUGAAGAUAUGGUAAUACCUACAAUGUUCUAAUGUAUUUUGGGUCCAAAACAGACAAAAGGGUGUGUGAGACAGGAGCAUGCCCAGCCCCUUUUUACAACAAGCAAGCCUGGGAUCUGGCUCACUAGAAUUUGCCAAGAAGACUUGUCUUAUGAAAUUCGAGGUAUAUUUUGUUAUGCUGUUUUAUUUCCUUUUUUUUUUUUAAAGAAAAGAAAACUGUGGAAAGUGAUAUGUUGAAUCAAGUGUAAGCUGAGUUUUCCAGACAACUGAAGUAGCUUCAUUGUGAAUGUUAUUUUGUUAUUAAAGGGUUUUUACUCAA